GGUGGUGGUGGUGCCGGUGGUGGGAGGGGUCGUGGGUGCGAGAGUCAGCCGAGAGAGCAGCGCUAGCCUGUGUAAAGCCAAUCUUCUCAGUCACACGCAGGGAACGGGAGAGAGAGGGCGUAUCGAUUACCUCUCCGCCAGCCCAUGACACCUGCCCCAACGUGGACUCCAGUCGGUUUGAGUGUGUGGUUGUGAUCGGUUGUGAACUCUUCGAACUCAACGUUGCCUUAACCUCACCACCCUAACCCCAUCGCAAGGACACGUAAACAAGCACCAGCCCCUCUGCAAAAAGCCAUCCAGUCCCAGACCGACUGACUGACAGGCUGAGUGGGGAAAAAGGGGAAAUUUAGGACUAUAAGAGAGGAAGGAGCGAAGGACAAAAGAAGAAAACAUGGAUAUAAUCGACAGCACUUUGGCGGACUUCGCGGAGAAUGAUCUGAAGGAACUCUGGGAAUCCGACUACUAUGCGGACGUGGUGAAGGUGGAAGAAGAGGAUUCCUGGCCUGCCAAGGAGGCAUUGAAGGUGGCCAGCGAAGUGGACUGGGCAGGAGUACUAGAGGGUGGCGGCGGCGGAGGUGGAGGCGGGACGGGCAGCAGCGGCGGCUCUGGGGGCGGCUCAGGAGUCGUACUGAAUGACAGACUAAUGACAGAGGCCUCGCUGGGGGUCAUCUCACAGCUCAGCACUCUGGGGGGCUUCGGGGGGUUCAGCAGCCUUCUGUCCACCCACGCGCCCUUGGAGAGCUCCCACCACGCCCAGCUCUCCGCCACCGCCACCACCGAUGCGGACGAAAGUAUCUCCACCACCACCACAGCAGCCGCGGACGUCAACAGCCCCGAGGUGAAGGUGGAACACUCCUACAGCCUCGCCUCCGACAGCAGCCAUCCGCAAUCCCCGCUGUCUGAUCUUGAGAGUGAAUGCUUCCCCGCCAUCCCCAUCUCGGAGGCUGAGGGCGGCAGCAGUGGUGGAGGUGGCGGAGGUGCAACAGGCGUGACAACCACCACAACCACCACCACCACCACAACCGCCACCACCAGAUUCACCACAUACAUCACGGACAGAGGCCCCACCAGCUCCAGCCCCUCCACCACAACCACCACCACCGCCUGUGUGCCCAUCAGCAUCACCACCACCACCUCCACCCCCAACGGAGCGCAAAGGAAAGGCGGCACCUCCUUCUGCGUCUCCUCCUCCGCUUCUUCCACGUCCUCCUCCUCCUCCUCCUCUCCCCCAUCGCCAGAGUGUGAGGCGUAUGAAUUUCUCCCCGCCAACGCAGUGCUCGCCAUGCCCUCCCUCAAGACUAGCCUCGGCCUGGUCCGCCCCAGCGCCGUGGUGGUGACCCAGCGGAGUGGCGGCGGCGGCGUGCACACCACCACCUCCAGACUCGGCCUCUCCUCCCUCACCCUCAGACUCCCCUCCUCCUCCUCAUCUUCCUCCUCUUCAUCCACGGCGACCUCCUCCGCCUCCCCCUCCUCCUCCUCCGCUUCGCCCACAUCCUCCUCAGACGCAGGGUUCUAUCUGCCGCCCACGCCGCCCUCCUGUUCGAGCAGCGACAGCGAGUGCGGAGGCCAGUCCCCAACGCGCACGCCGCCGCUCUACGAGGCCCUCACUCCGCAGUUCUGCAACCCGCGCAAGGUGGCGUCCCGCGUUACCGUCUCCAGGAACCCCAUCAACACCCCGCUCAUCUCCUCCCAGCCCAAAGGAGCCACCGGGGCGAUCAACCUGACGGAGGAGGAGAAGCGCACGCUGCUCUCGGAAGGCUACAACAUUCCCAGCCGCCUGCCGCUCACCAAGGCCGAGGAGAAGUCGCUCAAAAAGAUCAGAAGAAAAAUAAAGAACAAGAUCUCCGCACAAGAGUCGCGGCGCAAGAAGAAGGACUACAUGGACGCCCUCGAGCGGAAGGUUGAUAAGCUGAGCAGCGAAAACGUGGAGUACAAAAGACGCAUCGAGAUGCUGCAGACGUCCAAUUCACAGCUGCUGGUGGAGCUUCAGCAGCUGCAGUGCCUCGUGGAGCAGGACGAGAAGUACCGCCUGAGGUCCUCGCCCAUCGCCACCCUCCUCUCCUGAGCCUGCCCCGCCCUCCCACUCCCACCCGCGCCACGACCACGAGGCGAUGGUUCGUGGCGUCCCUCGACAGCCGCUCAUCGCGUCGGUGGUUAGCUUGAAGGGGUUCUUUCACUACAAGUGCCUUCGUCUGCCAAGUCUCGUGGCAUUACUGCAGCAGCAGCAACACGUGCCCCGCGCGUGUCAAGGUGCCGCUCUUCACCCGAGGAGCUCGUCCGCUUAGGCCUAAGUUGUUGAAAAGUUUUCCUAGAGUUUAUUUUAAUGUUAAACCUUUUUCGUGUGAUAUACGGAGGAAGGGAAACACUAUAUAUCACCCGUUGUGAUGAUUACAAUACUGUGUUGCAAUGAUUCGAGUCCUGCAACUCACUGGCUCCCUCCAUGGCCAUGCUUCCGACGACGACGAUCACGACGAGGAGGAAGAGGAGGAAGAGUAUGAAAUAGAAACCUUUGGAACACGUAUGCAAGAUGGUUGACAUAGUGGAUGAAAGGGAAAUGAAGGAGGAGGAGAACAGGAGGAGGAAGACAGUGAAACGGGAAAUUAAAGACAUGUGGAGGAGAGGGAUGAUGAUAGCACGGAUGAGCGGGAGGGGAGAGUGAGGGGAAUGUUUUAUUGUGUUGUACAUACGUGUGGCGGUCUUUGUACAGGGAGGGACGGAGCGCCAGUCUUCCCCACGAGGUGGCCGGCAUUCUGGCCCCCCGUCCCCCCCGGGUGUGUGUGGGAGCCUUGCGGCGGCAUGAGGGGAGCGAGUGAGUGGCUGGGGAUCGUGACCCGUCGAGGUGUUCCCAAAAGCCUUGCUUUCAUACAUUCCUGUUUGUUCAGUUCCCUGUUGACGGUCCCACGCCCUUCCCGUUCCCUCCCUCAAGCCCUGGGGGAGAGGAGUUUCGGGGGACAUGAUGGAUUCUCUCUCAAGGUCACGACUCCCAGUGUUGUGUUACGCAAUCAUAGGUAGGCUUAUUGUUUUCAUUAUGUUAACUUGUAUUUCCAAUCGGUAGGCUACACAAGGUUCGAGUCGGGUCGAGGAUCUCCGCUUCAACAAAAACACUGUCUCGCGCAAGCACUGAGGUGUCAGUCAUGUAUAAAUGUACAAAUUACCUAUUAAUAAGAUUGAAGCACUUAUUCCGACGUAUCAUCACCUGCCAGGGUUGAGGACUCGUGGACCAAACGGCGCGGGGCUCGGCAGCCUCGCCCGCGCGACACUGUUACCGUCCACCUAAAAUAAUAAUGUUCUAUUUCUGUACAAAAGGCAAUAUUUUUUUCGACAUUGAGAUUGUCAUGACUGUAAAGCAACUUUUUAUCAUUUUAUAGUUUAUUUUGAGGCUGGAUAUUCGUGGCGUGUCUGUUCGCUGUGAGUACAACACCACGGUGACCUGUCUGUAUUAUUUUUGGCCAAAGUGCAAUACUGAGUGUUUUCCGGGGCGGGGGCCCCGGUGCCGGGAUGCCGCGGGGAGGGCGUGGCGCGGCCCACCGGUUCAAACCCACCAGGCGGCAGCCACCCACUGUCCCAAGCAUCCUGCCGCGGCUGCUGCAUGGCAUCGGCCUGCUGUCACACCCUCCCCCACCUGCCCCGCGCCGCCCCGCCCCGUCACUAGAGUGAAAAAUACACACAGCAGACUGUU